AGAUAGUAACCAAAUUUGUCUUAAACAAACUCCCUACUCCGUCUCUUUUGGAUCAUUGAUAAUUUCCAACUUAAAAGAACAAACAUUUUUCUCUCUCUUCUCUAUCAAUUUCACUCUCACCAAUCCACCUUGUUCAUAACUAACACAAAUCAUACCUAUGGCACUUCCUAACAAGUCACGUAACAACAGAAGACCAUCAUCAACAACAUCCUACACUUCAACUUUGACAACAUUAGUCUUUAUUGCACUUUGUGUCUUAGGUGUAUGGAUGUUAUCAUCUAACUCUGUUGUUUCACCUAAAACACGUUCUGCUAUUGAUAAUACUAACUCUGCUAACGAUUUUUCUUCCAAUGAUGACCAAAAUGACCAAACCACCUCAACAAACAAUGACGACAACAACAACAACAACAUCAAUUCCGACGAUUCCACCAAAUCUGAUACCACAACAAACAUCAUCAAUUCUGAUGAUUCGACAUCUGAUACCACAACAAACAACAAUGCAGAUGAAUCCACAUCUGAAACCAACACCAAAAGCCAAGAUCAAAAGGAAACACCUGUGUUUGGAGACAAUCCUGGUAAUCUACCUGAUGAUGCUAUCAAAACUGAUGAUGGAAACAAUGCUGUUAAUACCAACAACAAUGACCAACAGGGUAAAAUCUCAUUCACUCAAAAACAUAAACAAGAAAAUUCAAACAAUGAUCACAAAAACGCUGUGUCUGAGAAAGAUGAGCAAAGUACUCAAGUGUCUGAAGCAGACAACAAUCACAAGGAUGUUGUUGAAGAUGAAAACCAAAAUGCAAAGGGUGGACAACAAGAUGUUCAAAGUUUUGACAAUGAUAAUAAUCAAGGGUCUAAGAGUAAUGAAGAUGAAGUGAAUGAACAACAAUUGAAAGAAGAGAAAGGUGAGAAUGAAAACAUGGAAAAAGAACAAAAGAAAAAGUCAAAAGAAAAAGAUAAUGAGAGUCAGGUGGAAACACAAAAGAAGGCUAAACCAGAGAAGAGGAGAAAGUCAGCGAAGAAGGAGGCGAAGAAACAAUGGUCCACACAAGCAGAUGAGUCUCGAGGCGAAAAAGAGAGACAAAAUAUCAAUGAAUCAGGUAGUAGCAGCAGCAGCAGUAGCAGUAGUAGUGUUGAUGAUCAAGAAGGGCAAGAUUUGAAGUGGAGUAUUUGCAAAGUCACAGCUGAUGCUGAUUAUAUUCCAUGUUUGGAUAAUGAAAAAUAUCUCAAGACUUCACAUAGAAAACAUUAUGAGCAUAGAGAGAGGCAUUGCCCUGAGGAUGCACCAACUUGCUUGGUUUCACUUCCUAAAGGAUACAAAACACCUGUUCCAUGGCCUGGUAGUAGAGAUAAGAUAUGGUACCACAAUGUACCACACAUUAAACUAGCUGAGGUGAAGGGACACCAAAAUUGGGUGAAGUUGACGGGUGAGUUCUUAACAUUUCCAGGAGGUGGCACUCAGUUCAUUCAUGGUGCUCUCCAUUAUAUUGAUUUUCUUCAAAAGGCUGAGCCUGGUAUUGCAUGGGGGAAGCAUACAAGGGUGAUAUUGGAUGUAGGAUGUGGGGUUGGUAGUUUUGGAGGUUACCUAUUUGAAAGAGAUGUCCUUGCUAUGUCAUUUGCCCCAAAAGAUGAACAUGAAGCACAGGUGCAGUUUGGACUUGAGAGAGGGAUACCAGCCAUAUCUGCUGUCAUGGGUACUCAAAGGUUGCAAUUUCCAAGCCGCGUCUUUGAUCUUAUACAUUGCGCACGGUGUCGCGUACCUUGGCAUGAAGAUGGUGGUUUGUUGCUUUUGGAAUUGAACCGUGUUCUUAGACCAGGUGGUUAUUUUGUAUGGUCUGCUACUCCUGUCUACCAGACACUUGAUGAAGAUGUGGAGAUAUGGAAACAAAUGACAUCUUUAACUAAGUCCAUGUGUUGGGAUCUUGUGACCAUAAAAAAUGAUACUCUGAAUCAAGUUGGUGCUGCCUUCUUUCGCAAAACUACUUCAAACGAAUGCUAUGAACAGAGAGACAAAAGCCAACCUCCAAUGUGCAAAGAUGAUGAUGAUCCAAAUGCUGCCUGGUAUGUACCUCUACAAGCUUGCAUGCACAAGUUGCCUGCUGACAAAACUGAAAGAGGAGCUAAAUGGCCUGAUGUUUGGCCUAAUAGACUACAGAAAGUCCCAUAUUGGUUAAACAAUGCAGAGGAUGGAAAACCAUCUUCCAAAGACUUCGCAACAGAUAGUGAACGUUGGAAAAAUGUUGUAGAUGAGCUUACCAACAUGGGUGUUGGUUGGUCUAAUGUGAGAAAUGUCAUGGACAUGAGAGCUGUCUAUGGAGGAUUUGCAGCAGCUUUGAAGGAUCUUCCUGUUUGGGUAUUCAAUGUGGUGAAUGUGGAUGCAGCAGAUACACUUCCUAUCAUCUAUGAACGAGGUCUUAUUGGAAUAUACCAUGAUUGGUGUGAAUCCUUCAGCACAUAUCCAAGAACUUAUGAUCUACUUCAUGCAGAUCAUCUUUUCUCAAAUCUAAAGACAAGGUGCAAGCUUGUUCCUGUUAUAGCAGAGGUUGAUAGGAUAGUAAGACCAGGAGGUCAUUUGAUUAUCCGUGACGAACCUAGUGCCACUGACGAAGUGGAGAAUUUGUUGAAAUCUCUGAAUUGGGAAAUAACAUCUAAAACUCAAGAGGGGGUACUCAGUGCCAAGAAAGGUUACUGGCGACCCAACUCUUAAUGUUCAAUCUAAGAUUUUAUAUUUUCAAACAACAAAAGCAUUUGCAGUGACAUGGGGUUCGGUCUGUCACAAGCCUUAAAUGGCGCAACAGUUGUCAGGAAAACUCGACACCCUUCUAUUGAUGUACACCAUUCAAGCAGCAAAAACAGGAGAUACUGUAAUACACAGUUAAGAAGUUAUAGAAUUUGUAGUUUGUCGUUUUCCAACGUUGUCCAAUUAUUUUGUUCGAUGCUUGCAAUAAGAACUAGUGACUCGCUAGGUUAAAUAAUUGAAACAUUGGCCAACAGAUAUAAUAAUAGUCUUGUAACUUAAGAAAUUUCUGUUGCAUAGAAGUUGUUUCUUCAACUAUUUCACAUUACGGUUUUUGUUUUAUGUGAAUAACCUUGUUGAUGGUUUGGGAGAAGUUGAAUGCAUUCAAACAAAUAUCAGUAGAAUGCAUUCAACUUUCCAUAUCAUGUAUGUUUGGUUCAAUUUCAAAUAUCGGCAUCUCAUUCUAUGCAAUGUUAUGUUUGGUUCAAUUUCAAUUUGCAUCAUCUUUAGUCCAAGUCCUUUCCAUAUCAUGUUGUAAUACUUGAUAUUUAGUUUGAAUGUUUUGUCAAUUUAAUUGUCC